AUGCGAUGCGCGAGCAAGGCCGCCGAGAGCGCGUCCGCACGUCUCUGUGCGGACGCCGAAGCAGAAACCACAGCAACUGAUGUCUCAUCGGUUGCUGAAGCGACUCGGCCUGUGUCACUUGGUGAUACAGGCGCUGGUCAUGAAGACACUCAUGUCUUCACAGAGUAUGAGCUCGGUGUCUCAUACUCUCCUGAUACGGAAGACGGAUCCGUAUCGACGUCGAUCGAAUCUAAGCCGCCUGCCAAGCGUGGCAUGGAUGAUGCUAUGCGUCGUAGCAUCUUUGGUUCAUCUGAUGAAUCAGAUGAACUAUCGCCGAAGCGAAGUCGCUCGAGGUCGCGAGACUCGGGCGCUAACAGUGGUGUCGGUUAUCCUAUUGACACCGCUUCACAGCGAGGUGCCAGUCCUUCUGUCGGCACGUCGCAAGAAGAGCGGGACCGCAAUGUGUUGCGUCUCGCUCCUGAAAAGAAGGCAUGGAUGCCUCCUAAAUUCGUCAUGGAUCACUUGUCGGCGACGACGAGUGAUCGUUAUCGAACACGGUUGUUCGAUUCGUCAAGGAUCCAUCACCUUGACCCCAGCGCGAAAAACUAUCGCGCUGAACAUGAAUUCUUCAUCGAUGUUUUCUUCAAACAUCGAUGGUACAGUGGGAAUCACAAACGUGAUGGUCCGUCACUGCUUCAAGCGUGGAACGCCUACAUCCAUAACCUCGAGGAUGUAGGUCGUGACGCUUGGAACGACAAACUUAUCAAAGCUCGUGAUAAGUUUGAAAAGCGAAACCUGACAGGUGCACGCUACAAGCUGCAUCAUCUGUCUAAGGAAGAAAGGAUCAUCCUGCCUCUCUUGGGGAGACUCGUGCCCAAGUUGUGUGAACAACUCUGCACGAGCACCUAA